AUGCGUUCUGCAAUCGCCCUCUUCCCCCUCCUUGCUCUUGCGUCCGCAGCUCCCCCUUCCCAUAAUGCAGGCAAGGUUACAGUGCAACUUUCAAACGACGUCUCUGGAGCAAACGGCGACGCGUCCAUUCCUCUUGAUGGAACUCCUGUGGACGUUGGCCGAGCUUUUGGAAACUCCAAUCUGUUCAAAAACGGCAAACUACUCGUUACCAGCAUUUUCUUCGUUGCCAAUUUCCAAAAUGUCGACUGCAAAGUGGUGAGAAAUAGAGUUCAGCAGGUCGCCAACAUCUUCGACCCAUCAAAGGACUUUGAGAGAUUUGCUCAGCAGCCUGUGGACUGGGAGCACGGCUUCACAAUUUCCUGUACCAAGCAUUAAUAUUUCCAAAGCUGAGGGCUUGG